CAUUCGAAGAAAUUAUUAUUUAUUUUAAAUUACAAGUAUUUAAAUUUAUUUGACAAAAUAAAAAACCUCUAAUACUAUGAGCAUAAUAAAAGACUUCAAAGAUAUUGCAAAAAUUAUAAAUUCUCUUAAAUGGGUGGACUGGCACAGUAUAUUUUUGGCAAUUCUGCAGUCAUGCCAAUACAUAGUAAGGACAAUGACAAGUUUAACAAGUCGAGUCCUUCAAAUUAUACGUCAGCUAAUCUGCGAAUUAAAAACUAUUGUCAGACCCCCCACAUUCUCCUAGAGCUCUGAAGAGGCUUGCUUUAGAUUGUAAAGAGCGACGGCACAGACUUGGAGUCUCGCAAGCCUAUAUCGGCAGGAUCAUGGCCAAGCUUCCUGGCCUGUGGUCACUGACCCAACAAACGAUUUCAAAACUGGAGAAUGGGCAGCUAUCACAUACAAACAUGAUUAAACUAAUGCCCCAUUAUGUGAAGGCCCUGGUGAUGGAGGAGUCGCGUCGGGAGCGGCCGGAUGCCCCGCUGGAGGAUCCCGAUGCGCCCAUCCUGCUGCGGAAGCGCGCAUGGAGAAGGCGGAAUUCAAUUAAACCAUCGGCCAAGCAAAAGCUGAAAGAAAAAUUUAAAGAAAAUCCGCGUCCAACCUAUGAAGAAAUCACUCGCAUAGCAUCCGAGAUUAAUUUAGAUUAUAUGGUGGUACGGAAUUGGUUUGCUAAUGAAAGACAACAUAGAAAACAUUUGUGUAACCAUUAAGGACUGACUAACAGCAAGAGCAACAACAGAAAAAGCGCACGUACAAUUAAAUUUAGUUUAAAUAAUAAAAAUUACAA